AGCAGACACAGUUUGCAGCAACAGGAAAAACGGUUUUGAAGAGCAGAAACAGUUCAAGAUAUGCUCCAUCAAUUAUAAUGACUGUCACGUAUUCUGAUGAGGUUGCAACAAGCCGGGGUUUUGGUGUUUUUUGGAAACUUCUCUUCAGAUGGAAGGGGAGUAUUUACAAGUUGGUUUGGCCGAAUCUGUUCCUCUUCAUAGUUCUCUACUUCUUCCUCAGUUUCUUGUACAACUAUGUACUGGACCUGGAGAACCAGGUAGUAUUCGAAGAUCUUUGUCAUCACUGUAGAAAGUUCGGAGAUCUCAUACCAAUCACAUUUGUUCUAGGAUUUUACGUAGCAGUCGUUGUUAACAGAUGGUGGGCACAGUUUGAGUGUAUCCCCUGGCCGGAUCCAGUUUGUAUAUUUGUCUCCGCAUCCAUCACGGGAACAGACGAAAGGGGCAGGGUGAUGCGAAGAACACUGGCUAGAUACCUUAACCUGGCGUUCAUUCAAACUUUAAGAAUGAUCAGUGUUCCUGUAAAGAAAAGGUUUCCAACCCUGUUCCAUCUGGUGGAAGCAGGACUUAUUACAGAAUAUGAAAUGGAGCUCAUCGAGAAAAUGGAAAUGAAUACUUCACAGCACCCCAAGCACUGGUUAAGCCUGGUUUGGUGUUCGUCUAUAAUAACAAGUGCCAGGAAGGAAGGAAGGAUUCAAGAUGACUAUGCGACCAAGACAAUUAUCGACGAACUCAAUAAAUUUGGAAGCAAAUGUGCAGGAUUACUCAACUACGACUGGGUUUCUGUACCUUUGGUUUAUACACAGGUUGUAACUUUGGCAGUUUACUCCUACGUAAUCUCCUCUCUACUGGCCAGGCAGUUUCUUAAGGAUGAGCCGACUAUGAUUGUUCCAGUGUUUACAUUUCUACAGUUCUUCUUCUACAUGGGCUGGUUAAAGGUCGCUGAAGCAUUGAUUAAUCCCUUCGGUGAAGAUGAUGAUGAUUUUGAUGUGAAUCUGAUGAUUGACCGGAAUAUCCAAGUCUCCUAUCUAAUUGUUGAUCAGCUGCAUCAGACUCACCCUCCUCUGAUCAAAGACCAGUUUUGGGAUAACGUGGUCCCUGAUGAGCUGCCGUACACCGUAGCUGCAGAACAAUUCAGAUGUGAACCAUAUGCUGGCUCUGCAGCUGAAGUCGAGGUUGGCGCGGAACAAUCUGAAUUUGUAAAUUUGGAAACUAUUGCAGAGGAAGAUUAUACUGAGGGAAAGCGUCCUUCAAGGGAAAACUCGAAAUUCAGGAAUUUAUUUGAAGAAUUUGUCCUAAAACGAACUGUCUCGACAACCACAGUAGGACAGGACUCUCAUUGCUCCAGCAGAAGGUUGUCUACUCUAAGUGGGUUAGGUCGACACAACCACAGGAAGCCAUGUAUGUCUACCCCUAGUAUGGAGCAGAUGUUUCCCACGCCAAAUCAUCUUCUUAUUCCAAAUAAAAGAAGAAACUCGAUGACAGGAAGUAGCAGGAAGUUUAUUUUGUCUAAAUCCAACAGUGUGAGCCUGAAACUUGAUCUGGUAGGGAAGGAGAAUGGAAGCCCCUGCUCUGUACACAGCAAAUCAGAAGAAAUUAUUCAGAAUUCAAAAAUAACGAUAUAAUUAAAUAUUUUAAUUGGA